AUGGACGAAACCAAGAAGGAGGCUGAAGCCACAUCUAAAUUUGAAACAGAUGCAUUGGACAAACAGACUCAGUUGCACGAGACCAUCAAGAAAGAAGAUGGCGAUGGCAUUUCUCAGCCUCCAGCCGCAGUAGUUGAGCCUACGCAGGAUUCUGCGGACAAUGACCAUGGAAUGGAAGCCGAAAAGUUGCAUGAUGAAACUGUCAAAGCUGAUGAUGAAGAGAAGCUUUCAGCAUCCGAACCCAAGCUCGAAAAUGAGAGCAAGCUACUGAAAGACUUGGAUGAUGAGGCACCGAAGACUUUCCCUCAGAUCCUCAUGGAGAUUCUAAACACCGAAGAGGAAUCUGAUACGAUUGCCUGGCUUCCACAUGGAAGAAGUUUCAUUAUUUACAAAAAGAAACGGUUCGCAGCUCACACACUUCCAAACUACUUCAAAGCGACAAAAUUUACUUCGUUUACUCGUAAGCUGAAUCGAUGGGGCUUCACUCGAGUCACCAGAGGUCCUGAAAUGGGAUCUUAUUAUCACAAGCUAUUCUUGCGAGACGAACCAAACCUCUGCCUUCGCAUGAGCAGUCACAGCUCUUCCAAAUUUCAGGAACAGCAACAGCUCAUGCCAAAUCCAAUGGGUAUGCCAUUCGGAGGAAUGCCCUUUGGAAUGAUGAUGAACCCGAUGAAUAUGAAUCCGGCUGAAAUCAAUCAACAGAAUCAGCUCAUUCAGGCUCAGCUUCAGCAGCUGCAAUGGCAGCAAUACCAAUUGCAGCAAAUUCAGCAGCAACAAGCUUCUGCUGGGAUGCAAGAUGGCUCCGAAGGACACGGUGGCCCACAGGGACAUCAUCCUAGCCAGCCCCACCAUGCGCAAGGCCACCCAUCGGGACAUCCCCAACCACCUCACAUGAUGCACGGUCCACCUCCGCACAACAUGGGCCCCCCGCCUCAUGCACCAAGUGUCAUGAUGGGCCCACCACCAGGAGCUCCUCUUGGUCCACCGGGUCAACAUCCUCAUGCGCAAGGCCCUUCCCCCCACGGACAAGUCAUUCCGCCAUCUCAGCAUCACCAAGGACCUCCCCGCUCAUCACCUCCGCCACAACCGCCAAUUCAUCGCCAAGUACAUUCUGGCCAACAUCCUCAUGCUCCUGGCGGACCACCAUCUGCACCCCCACAACAGCAAGGGGGGCAGCCAAUGAUGGUGCACCAUGGUCGACAGGGAAUGGAUCGAGCCAAGGAUGGUACCGCUGCAGUCUAA